ACUCCGUCAAGUUGAAUUCAAGAUUUAAUGAUUCCGUAUUCUAAAAUAAUGCAAUAAUAUACAAAGAAAUAUAUUAUCGAUGUAUAUAAGUUAAACUCAUAUCAUGCUUUAUUUUCGUGUAUAUAUGUACUCAAAGCAAAAUGCAUCCAAAAAGUCAAAGGCAACCUCUGGCAGGACAACAUGGUCCAUCAUUUCUGAGAUAAUCUUAUCAAGCCCCUACAACACCAUAUAUAUCUUAAAUGGUUUUGUCUUAUUUUUUUUAAAAAAAAUUCCAUUCAAGAAAAUCCCAUUUAAUUUAACAUUUAUAUUAUCCUCUUCUCCACAAGUAGUUUCAUACCUUUUUUUUUUAAUUUUAAUUUUUCCCACAAUAUUGUCAUGAUAUAUUGUUUGCUGAAUUUGUCAGGUUUCUAGAGGCGGACCCAAGGAUUGAUACUAAUUUUGUGUACCACAAAUUAGUACUUAAAAAAAUGGACAAAAAAGAAAAAAACCAGCCUUCUAUGCCUACAAUUUUCCCAAGUCUAAAUGAUAAUAAUUACUACUCUCUUGAUAAUGAUUCUUAUUGUCAUAACUAUCAACAUCCACAAAUGAUUAAUAAUGAAGAAGAAGGCUUGAUGGUGCCACAAAAAGGAGAGAAGUUUAAAGAGGAAAUUAAUGGCACAUUUGUUGGUGAAAAUAGCAAAGCAAAUGAAAGCAAGAAGAAGAGGAAAAGAACAAGAUUAAGAAUGAAGAGUAGUGAGGAAGUUGAGAAGCAAAGAAUGACACAUAUUGAAGUGGAGAGGAAUAGAAGAAAGCAAAUGAAUGAACAUCUUCAUGUGUUGAGGUCACUCAUGCCAAGCUCCUAUGUACAAAGGGGUGAUCAAGCUUCAAUUGUUGGUGGAGCAAUAGAAUUUGUAAAAGAAUUGGAACAACUCCUACAAUGUCUUGAAUCACAAAAGAGAAGGAAACUCUAUGGAGAUAAUCAUCAUGAUUCAUCAUUAGUAUUUGCUCCUAAUAAUAAUUUGCCACUUUCAAAUGAAAAUGAAAUUGGAAUUCAAGAAGAUUCAGCUGAGAUUAAGUCAUGUUUGGCUGAUGUUGAAGUGAAGAUUAUAGGUAUUGAUAAUGCUAUGAUCAAGAUUUUGUCAAAAAGAAGGCCAGGACAACUCAUUAACACCAUUUCUGCAUUACAAGAUUUGCAGCUUAACAUUAUUCAUACAAAUGUUACAACAAUUGAGCACACUGUUCUAUAUUCUUUCAAUGUUAAGAUUUCUGGUGAAACAAGGUUUUCAGCUGAUAAUAUAGCAAAUUUGGUCCAGCAAAUAUUCACUUUCUUUCAUGCAAAUAGUGCCAUAUGAAGUAAAACUAGUUUAUUAGUUUGUAUACUUAUAUCAUAUAGCAAAUCUUGUUUAAUUUUGGAGUUUGACAUCUUAGUAACUCCUUACAUAUAUAUUUUAUUGACCAUUCAAAUAAAAAAAAUUCAAAUUUCAGUAUAAUUAAUUCAUGUG